ACCCUUGUCUCUCAUCUCAUUCAUCUUCUUCUCUUUUCUAAAUCCUUAACUUCUUCCUUCAAUCACUAUAAUCUUCUUUUAGUCUAAGGUUUAUAGUUAGUGAUGUUCUUUCUAUCUAAAUCAUCUCUUUUUGUUUUCAUCUUUUUCUCUUCUUUUCUUCUCUUUCAAGUGAAUGCUAUUAGAUCUAGACCCAACAAAAUCACAAUCAAAGCCAAUGAAUUUGAGUCCAAAGAUGAUACCUUUAUGAUAUUCAAAGAGGCCCCAGAAUAUAGAAAUCAGCACAAAUGCAAAGUGGUUGAUAGAAGAAUUGAUUCUUCUGUUGAUCAAUUUGUGUGUGAUUCCUCACUCGUUCAUGUUUCAAUGACUAUUGAUUGGGAUUACUUGAGAGGCUCUAUGGCUGCUAUUCAUUCGGUUCUUAAACACACUUCGUGUCCUAAGAAUCUGUUCUUUCAUUUCAUUGCAUCAGAUUCAAGAUUGGUGAAAAAAGAUGAGUUUGAUAGGAUUGUUCAUAGUUCUUUUCCUUCAUUGAGAUUCAAGGUUUAUGUUUUCAAUGAAAGUUUAGUUGAGAAUUUGAUAUCGCCUUCGAUAAGACAAGCUUUAGAGAAUCCUUUGAAUUAUGCAAGAAGCUAUUUGGCUGAUUUGCUUGAAGAAUGUGUUGAGAGAGUUAUAUAUCUGGAUUCAGAUGUUAUAGUUGUGGAUGAUAUUCAAGAACUAUGGAAAGUUUCGUUGAGUGAUUCGAAGGUGAUUGGUGCACCGGAGUAUUGUCAUGCGAAUUUCACUAGGUAUUUCAGCUAUGAGUUUUGGUCGAGUUAUGAGUUUUCGGAAGAAUUUAAGGGAAGAAAAUCGAGGCCGUGUUAUUUCAACACGGGUGUGAUGGUAAUGGAUUUGGCGAAAUGGAGAGAAGGCGAAUACACGAAGAAGAUUGAGAAAUGGAUGGAGAUUCAGAAGGAGAGGAGGGUUUAUAAACUGGGAUCAUUGCCUCCUUUUUUGAUGGUUUUUGGUGGUGAGGUGGAAGCUAUUGAUCAUAGAUGGAAUCAACAUGGUCUUGGUGGUGAUAAUGUUGUGGAUAGCUGUAGGAGUUUGCAUUCUGGACCUGUUAGUUUGUUGCAUUGGAGUGGGAAAGGGAAGCCUUGGAGAAGACUUGAUGCAAAGAAACCGUGUUCUGUUGAUUUUUUGUGGAAGCCUUAUGAUUUGUAUGUUCCUCAUUUGGGAUAUAAACAUUCAUUGGUUUAGGAAAGUAGAAUUUAUAUUGAUUCAUUUGUUAGUGAAAAGACAUUCUUUUAUUCGAGUGUAUAGACACAGCAACCAAAAGAUUUUUUGGUGAUACAUACAAUUUCAGUCUUUUUUAUCUUCAUGUUCACAGACAAUCAAUUAUACUCAUUUUAUCAUGUUAUGAUGUUAUUUCUUAGAACAUGUUUAUUAUGUCAUUUUAUUGAUGACAGUUUGAUGACAGUUUGCAGCUGCAGUUCAAAUUGGAUUCAAUCAUAAGGGUCUCCAACUUUGACUCACAAUAACUAUUUUAAUAGCCUCUUAUUUUGACAAUUACAUGGAUGGUUAAGAUGAAUUUGACUUGUUUUAAAAAAAACAAUAAGAUGAAUUUUUAGAAAACAUGAUGAAUUGUUACAUUUUAAUGCUUGCGAUUUACUCCUAUCUAAAUAGUGAUUUGAUCAAAUUCUUCUACGCCACAAUGUUAUAGCCCCUCUAUAGUGUUUUUCUCAUCAUUGACUGGCUUUGUCCGGUCAGUUCUUUUCUGUUUGCAUCAAUUGUUCUUUUUGUUGUGUUCAAAUUUCUUUGAAAGCAAAGUACCUCUAGUGCUCUCCAAUGUCUUCUCUUAUACCAUCAAAACCAUAGCGCUACACCGCCCAUGUAGGCCUCUAUAGCUGCUAUUUGUUCAAAUUC